AUGAACGAAACCACCUGCGAUGAAGAGCCUUUUGGUGCUCCUUCAACCGACUCCUUUCUGCGGCACAUUGAUGAAAUGGAGCUCGAGCAGGCCCUCCAGCCGGUCCGAACCAGCAACCGACCCGCCCUGUGGCCGCUGAUGGAGCGGCGUAUAAAGGCUCGCGAAAACACCGACCUCCAAGUGCACAUCGGCGAGGAGCUGAUCCACUGCCAUCUGCUGCCGUUGCAGUGCUUCAGCGAGUACUUCGAACGGCAGGUGACGCCGGGCCAGGCCGUAGUCGAGCUACCCGAGCAAGAAGUCCGUCCGGCCGCCUUCCGUAUCGUCUACGAGUGGAUUCUGGAUUCACACCGACCGCUCGAAUGGCAGCACUUCGUUGCGGUGCUUUCGGCCGCCGAGUUUCUGCAGAUGCCGGCCCUUAUCGAACGCUGCUGGCUCCACCUGGACAAUCCGCGCGUGGUGGAGAACGUGGCGUUCUACGUGUACAUGCAGGCGCAACAGUUCGCGACGAGCAACGAGCUGCAGACGAUGAUGCUCCGCCGGAUCUGUCGCUACUUCCUCGCCCUCGUCAGUUCGCCCGAGUUCUGCGAGCUGAGCCUGGCCGAUGUCGGCGUGCUAUUCUCGUCCAACAUAAUCGCCAUCUUCGACGAAACGGACGUCCUGUACGCCGGCUGCCAGUGGCUGCUGUACGAUUGGCCCGACCGGAAGGAGCUGAUCGAGGACGUGAUGUGCCUGGUGCGCUUCAAGUCGAUGCACACUGGCGAUCUGGCCCGGCUCUGUGUCUUCCACGAGUGCGGUGAGCUCCAGCCGAUCCUACGCCAUCCCGCCACCAAGCAGCUGGUCGACGAGGCACUCGCCUACAUCUGCUCGCGUCGGAAUAACGGCUCGUCCGAAAGACCGACCACUGGGGAUGGCCGAAGAAGGAGCUCGGCGGAGCGGGUUCGGUUGGUUCCGGACACGCGUGAAACCUUAACAUACGUGGCCGGAGAUGCGACCUUCAAUGGGUUUAAGGUGUUCCUGGGCAUCAUGCAGGAGAAACCGAACAUCUGGCGCACGUUCAGCGUAUCCGAAGAUAACGCCGGCCUGCUGGACGACAUGGUUGGCUGCACCGAAGCGAACUGCAACAUGUAA